AUGUCCUGGCUGCGUUUCUGGGCCCCGUGGCUUCUUGUGUUGCUACCAUUGUGGCUGCUGGUCCAGGCAGCUCAGCCUCCGGGUUGGGCCCUGGACCCUGUGCAGCUGACCCCCAGACCCCUAGGGCCAACCGAGUCCUGGUCUUCGGAUCCCUCCAAUCUCCCUCUUGAAUUUCCCCAUCCACAUCAACAACUGAUGCAUCCUGUGGUUCCUUUCCUGUACACUGGUUCAGCUGGAGAGCUGCCCCCAGGGCCAGAUCUUUGGGACAAGCCUGGCCAGCAUCAAAGUCUCCCAGAGGUGGUUCCGGUGGUGGAUUCCCAGGGUCAGCAUCCAGAGUCCCCUGAAGAGCUGGAACCACUUCCAUUGAAGCAGGAGGCUUCGUCUCAGCCUGCAGAGCCCCCGGAGACAGAUGAAAACCCUGCAAACCUGCAGGCGGCCCUGAGUGAGCCUUCCUACACUCCUGAAGAGGCUGAGCCUCCAGUCCAGGAGGAAGCCCCAGCUCAGCCUCCAGAGCCCUCUAAUGCGGCAGAAUCUUCUCAAACCCAGCAGGAGUCUCCAGCUUGGCCUCCAGACCCAUUUGAGGAAGUUGUAGCACAACCUCCAGUCUAUGAUGAGGUGCCAGUUCCAGCUAUGGGGCAGAAUCAACCUCAGGAUUCAGACUUGCCCAGUGUCACUGUGGAACCUGUUGGCCUGGAGCUCAGCAUGAUUCCGGAACCUCCACCUCUAGGUCUAGAGCCGUCUGAGACAGGUUUUCCUUCACUGACUCAGAAUUCGGUCAUGAACACCACCACAAACAACAUAUGUGAGCUCUGUAGCUGCACAGACGAGACGCUGGCGUGCGUUGGUCUCAGCCCAGAGCGGAAGCUCCAGAGUGUGCCCGUGCCAGAGCCCAACGCUCACAAUGGCACCUUCACGAUCUUAAAUUUCCAAGGAAACUCUAUUUCUUACGUGGAUGAAAAUACAUGGAAGUCAUACACUUGGGUUGAGAAACUAAUUCUCAGUGACAAUCAGUUCAGUGAAUUACAUAAGGACUCAUUUGAAGGCCUGCUAUCCCUCCAGUAUUUAGAUUUAUCCUGCAAUAAAAUACAGGCUAUUGAAAGACGCACAUUCGAAUCACUACCUUUUCUGCAGUUUAUAAAUCUUGGCUGCAAUCUAAUUGCAGAACUGAGCUUUGGAACAUUUCAGGCCUGGCAUGGAAUGCAGUUCUUACACACAAUAAAUCUCAGUCAUAAUCUUCUGACAACUGUUGAAGAUUCUUAUUUUUUCAAAUUGACAGCAUUAAAAUAUUUAGACAUGGGAAAAACCCAAGUGACACUUAAAACAGUGGAGAGCAUUGUCAUGAUGAGCCCCAAGGUAGAAAAACUGAUUUUACCUAGCCGUAUGGCCUGCUGCCUCUGCCAAUUUAAGAAUAAUAUUGAGGUCUUCUGCAACACAGUCAAGCUGCAUUGUGACAGUGAAUGUCUGACAAGCACCACAUAUUGUGAUGAUGAAACAUCUAUAGGGAACCCAGAAGGGUCGUUCAUGAAGGCAUUACUAUCCCGGAAGAAGAGUAGCAGCCCUGAGCUGACUAUCGAGCCAGAGAAGGUGGCCGCAGACAAAAAUGCCAUCAGUUUGUCAGCCUUCAAAAGUGAGCAAGGAGACUUUAGCAAUGAAAGUGUUGUUAGUGCACUAAACUACAUAUUACCUUAUUUCUCUGAUGGAUAUCUGGAAGGUGCAGAAUUAGCGUUAUUACAAUUCAUUAAACUUCUUCUUUCAAACUUACAAGGGGAAGAUGAGCCUGUGGGGCAUUUGCAAAACAACGCAGAGAACACUUCUCUUCCACUUGGAUCCAGCAUUUCCGCUGACAAAAAUAAAUGGGGAAAAAUCUCUGUUCCGGAAGAUAUCUUACAUGCCACGCUUCUACAUUCCAAACAUCUGGGUCCCAACUUUCAACACCAAAUCUCUGCCAAAAAAUUGGAAACUGCCCAAUCACAAGAAAACAGCCCACCAGAGAUUCAGAGUGUAGGGAAGAGGCUGCGGAGCAUGAAGGUGGCCAUCAAGGGUCCAAAGGGCAUACGGAAGAGGCAACUCACACAAAUGAGGAAGGCAGGCAUCAACAGGAAGCAGAGGGCCCAGCUCCUUGCGGAGAGCACGGCCGAAGACAAAGGGCUCACGAUGCCAUCCCCAUGGGCGCUGGAGCAGCCUCACGUGGAGCAGCUCCCCAGGGAGACCGCAGGAAGCUCCUUCAACCCAGAGUCUUCAUCCCGAAGGGAACAGGAGGCAGCUGUCCCUUCUGUCCAGUACUUGAUGGGCAGCCCUUCUGCUUCCAGCACCCCAAAAUCUCUACCUGAGAUUACAUCAAAAUCAAAAGACCUAACUGGUAGUAUUUUUGUUUCAGAAGCUGCAAGUGCUGGAAUGAGAAAUAUGAAGGCUUCUGAACCAACCUCACAUUUCAGAGAAAAGUACCUCUUUCCUGAAACGUGGUGGGAUGUGGUUCACAAAAUACUCCAGGCCAAAAUGAGUAGACAGUUCAGCAAUAAAGGUUCACACAAUGGCCCGAUGGUUGUGAUCAAGCCUCCAUUCGCUGCAAUGAGCCGUAUGAACUACCCUUCACAAGAGGCUUUGUCAUCAUCAGAACUGACUUCUCAGGAAAAUCCUUUUCUGGAACCAUUUUCUCUUUUGGAUCAGGCUACAGAAAACCCUACUGUGCCAGAAGAACCUACCCCUGAAGUCACUGCCCGUAAGGGUUCUGCUGCAGAUUCUGCGGUGACUGUAGACAACUUUAUGCCAACUCCCAAACUCAGCAAGGAAACACAACAGGAACACGACAGUGUGGGCACUGACGUUCCCUCCACAUCCCCGGCCUUCCCUUUCCCAGGGAGCUCAUCUCCAGGUGACCACCCCGAAGCUCAGCUAAACGAGCAGCUGCGGUCCCUCAUCACCAACAGUGAUGUGAGAAGGCUCAUUUCUCAUGUUAUCUGGACUUUGAAAACGGGCUGCUCGGAGACCCACCUGAAACCGGCCUGUGCCAGGCUCAUCUCCCAAACCGGCCUCCUGAUGAAGCUUCUCAGUGAGCAGCAAGAAGCAAAGGAGCCCAGGGCAGACUGGGAUACAGACCAGUGGAGAACAGAAAACUACAUCAAUGAGAGUCCAGAAGCCCAGAGUGAACAGGAAGAGCAGGAGAUCCAUGAGUUCACAAAAGAAGUUCUGGGGCAUGACUAUCACAUCAAAGUCAUCUUGGCAUCAUCAGUGGCAGGAGUAGUGAUGGCAUUGAUUGCAGUUUUCUGUCUCAUUGAGAUGUGCUCCCGUAGAAGGGCAGCGUUGGAUGAAGAAGGAAGCUCAAGGGGCUUCUUUCUACUUCUGGAUAAACCCUCAGAAGAGGGUGCGAAUCAGGAGGGAUUUUUCUGGAGAAGGCAGUCACUUUGGCUCAGGGAUAAGUACAGAAGCCUCAGUGCCUCACGUGAUAAAAUCCUGGCGCAGAUGCUACGUGAGAAGGAUGGAGGGUAAAAGAUUAGGAACAAUUUAAAAUUCUUAUCUAAAAUGAGCUGCUUCCACAGAUUCACAGUUGCUGCUGCCACUCAGAACCCAGGAAACUUCUGGAAACUACUGGUGAGGUCAUUGCUGCCCCAUAGCCACAAGGCUGGUGACUGGCAGGGGAGUAUGGAGGCCAACAUACAGCCUGUAUAUCUGCCGCCGCAGAGGAGGAAAGAAUGGUUUCCACCUCCUUUCUACCCUCCAGAUUUCACACAAGUACAUUUUAUUGGCAGAACCCUGCUGUCAAGGGAAUCUGUGAAAUGUGGUUCCUGGGCUUCCAGCACCUGCAGAGAAGGGGCAGAAAUUGGUGUCAAGAGCCAACCAGUGCUAUUCAGCAUCCUCCAUAUUACAAGUAUGGUGAGAAGACCCCACCUGUACUCACAGGGAUCCUAGCAUCCUAGUUUUUUUGUAGGCUUGUGGGUGCUCAAGUCUCUGUAAAAGAGCUAGCUAAGUCAGAAACCUGAAAGGUGUCCUUCUAGCUGGAAAGCAGAUGGGGUGCUGGAUGCUGGUGACAUCCACUUAUCCCCAGAGGUGACUGGAGAAACACUUGGAGGUUGUGAAAAACUUUUUCCAGGAGUUGUCCUGAAAAACAAAGCCCUCAGGACACUGCCUGGUACCCGUGACCAUUCAGUAAUGUGUGCUGUUAUCAUUGCCUUGGAAGAUGUCUAUUUCUCAGACAUUUAGAGAACACCUACUGUGUGCCGGCCUGUUAGGGAUUCAAAGAGGAUUAUCUGACCUCAGAGCACAUAGUGAAUAAAUGCUAAGCAUAUAACUGUUGAAACUGAUUGAAUUUGCUGAAUUAAGGAGCCUAUAGAAUAGGGGGUGGAAAUCAGUUAAACUUAAAAAUUCUAAUCCAGUGCGAUGAGCAGCCAUGGGGCUAUGAAUACAAUUCUGUGGGGGCAGCACAGGAAAGGAGCUGUGAUCUCCGCUGGGCCCUUCCACCAGGAUGUCUCCUCAGAGGAGGCCUGGAGGUAGAUUGGUGGUGGGGGUGCUUAUGAGCCUUGGCUUUAUAAAAUUUAAAGUCAAUAAAUGUAUUAAUUUAUUAAGCUGGCUUACAGGUAAGCCUUGCAAUCCUUAAUGAACCGUACGUUAUAGUUCCGUUUAUAUCUGAACUUAUCUGAACCAGUUUUAUUUUUUCAGCAUGUUCUGCCUCAGGGAAUAAUGAGCCCCUAAGUACCACCCACUCACUAUAUAUUACAGUCUCAGUUGUCUGAAAAUUAUUUCUUUCAAGCUUUGAGGACUUUGCCAUAUUUAGUUCUCAUGUUCUGGGAUAUAUCAGAGCUACAAAUAUUUAACUCUUCAUCUGCACCUCUGCAAGUCAGGCUAUAGAUUUGAACAAGCAUCUGGAAUUGGUUACUGGGGAAAUGUUUUUUGGGAAUUCUUUGAAGAAAGUAUGUGGAUUUAGGGGUUUCUUCACAGUGUGCCUGUUCUGCCCCACCUCCAUCCCCCCACUGCUCCAUACACUUAGACACUUCUUACUGUCCCCUCUGCCCUGUGUUUGUACAGGGGGAGAAGUGCCACCCAGACUGGAGGAGAACCUGUGUAGGAUCUGCAUGGACUCACCCAUUGACUGUGUUCUGCUGGAGUGUGGCCACAUGGUAACCUGUACCAAGUGUGGCAAGCGCAUGAAUGAAUGUCCCAUCUGCCGGCAGUACGUGAUUCGAGGUGUGCACGUCUUCUGAUCCUGAGGGCUUGGACCGGCUCCUUCAGUGCCUUACAGAGACAUAGCUUGAGGUGUCUGGGCUCAGGAUUGGCCCACUGCAAAGAGGGUAGGCUGACAAGAAAAUCUGAAGUGUUCCCCAGACCAGGGCAAGCAAAAAUGCUGUGUCACUUCUGUGCAUGCCAGUCUUGUCAUGUGGGUGCACCUUUUGGCUGGCAGAGCCUGAGGCCAAUGGGAACAGGUAUAGAUCCCAUGGGCAAGUCCAUGGUUCAGUGAUCUUGAUGUGAUGAUGGUAGUAGAUGAAAAGAGGACUUCCGUAACUUAGACCAGAUCUUCCUCUGAGAACCUAAACAGUUUUGCCCAUCCUUCUCUAUCCCACUGACACCAACUGAGCUGCUUGCCUCUAUUUCGCCAAUCAGACAUCUGGUAGAAUGACUCUCCUCUCUAGCACAUUUGCUUUCAUUUUGAAUUCAUUUCUCGUCUCUCUGGCCUUCUGUGCUUUAACCUACCUUUGCUAAAGUCUCUUACUACAUUGCCUAAAAUCCAUUUGUUUCUUCAGACCAAAAAGAUGUUAGUUUAGCAGAUCAAUGGUGAUCCUCCUUAGGACAGAGUUUGGACCAGCAAACUGAUUUUAGAUGAGAAAUGAAACACGAAUGCUAUUGAAAUUUUUCAGUCAUUAAGAGUUGCUUUGUUAAGGGUUGGGACUGGAAGCUCUGUCCCCUGCCAUGAUCUUGGGAGCCAGCAAAGCAUCUGGCUUCUAACCUGCUGGGAAAUUUGUCUCUCUAUGCAAGAGAUGGCACAUAGUUCACCUCUGCUUUUCUUGGGGCCUGACUUUUACACCAUCCUUAAUUUUAGUUUGAGCAAAGGGAAAAUGUUGGGUGGAAACAAUGAGUUUUUUGCCUAACUUUGACUUCUCCAGCGGACAGGAGUCUUAAAACACCUUCCCUUGAAUAUAAGUCCCUCUUUCCUAUGGAGGUUCUAAACAUGGCCUCACUGAAGCAUGGAGACUUAGGCAAAGAGCCUUUAUCUUCUCCAGCUAAACUUCUCGUGAAAUUCCUGGAGACAGCAUGUAAGGCAGAGCACCUAGGAGUUAUCAGAAGGGACUAAACGAGGCUGGAUUCAGCUCUUGGGCAGACAGCUGGAAGUCUCACUUCCCCAGGUGGGUGAGGACUCUGUCUCUCUCCCAUUUCAGUUCUCAGCCUACUGAGUUGGGUGCAGGUUAGGAAGCAGCAUUCUCUAGUCCCUAUAGGAAGGACCAUGCGAUGAGUAGGUGAUGCUUUUGAGUCCUCUUAGGACCUUUAUAUCACUAACGAGCCAAAGGACUUAAAGUUUGCUGGAGAAGUUUAGCCAAGCACAAGCACAGGCUGUUAAAGAGCUGUGUGCUACCAUUAACCACUGGAUGAACUAUGCAAACCCUAAACACCUGAGGGCCUUGGCAGAUGCCCCCAUGAUGCAGCCAAGGUCUUUCAGUCUAGACGAACCAAUCAUGACAUUGGAAAGCAGCAGGAAACCUGUAAGGGGACUUGUUUACCAGUGCAGACAUACUGAGGUUUUCCUGCCAUCUUCAACCACUAAUCCCCUCUGGAAGAAUGAAAUAAUUUCAUAACGUAGUUGUCAUCUAAAUAUUGGGGAACUUAUCUCAACAUUUUACCAAGUCCUGGAUGAUUUGAUCUGGGCUACAGCCUUUGUAGGCAUCUGGGGGAAAUCAAGCGAUCUCUCUGUGAAGGUAUCAUCUCACCUUUCUGCUGGAUGGUAAAUCCUAUAGUUUACAAUGCCUACCAGUUUAGCAAAAGAUUUAGCUGCUACUCAGUUGUAUUGUGAAACAGGUUUACAUAUGUGCAGCUCAGUUAAGAUAUAGCAAUAACUGUGGGGCAGAAGUUGGCUCUCUCCCUACUUAAAAUUCUCUGCUGAGACCUUACCUCUCCCUACCUCUCAAUUUCCCUCUAAGACAUGAAUUAAAAAUAAUAUCCUGAUGCUUGGUUAGUGACCUCAGUAAGAAUUAGAACUGAUGUUACUGUGGAGAAAGAAGUUGCCUUUAAUUCUUCUAACUUCUUCUUUUGGUGAAGGUUUCCCUUAGGAAAAAUGGUGUUAAAUAACCCUGGUUUUUGUUUGGUGGGGGGAGGGGGUGGUGGACAGGUACCUUAUUAUUAUACCAAAUAAAAGAAUUCUAAGAUCCCAUUUCAGUGACUGUCUCACCUAGGUAGAAAACAUGAUUUUUAUCCUUGAAUGCUCCCUCCUGCCUCUCAUAGUUCCUUGGUCUUAAUUAUCAUGGAAACAUCUAAUUCACAAUGAUUCUGUGGCUUUGCUGUGAUUGUUCUGAAAUUUCACUUGAGACUUGUUUUAAAAGACUUGGAUAGCUGACUGGUUCAUAAUAUGUUGAAAUGGUUGGAUCCAAACUGGUAAGAAGGAUGUGUACAGGAAUUAGUGCUCAAUAUAUAUUGUGUACAUUUGUUGAUCUUUUGCAUGUAAAAGUGGCUUAUAUUAAAAUUCUCUCAGACUUAACUUGGGUGUUAAAGCAAACCCCAAGGUGUAUUUUUUGUUACAGAGCUCUGCUUUAUAAUUUUGUAAUAAAGUUUCAAUAUAGA